AUGGAGGAGGAGCUGGCGUGGGAGACCGACGGCCUGCUUCCUCUGGAGAGGCGGCUCCACAAGGCUGCCCACCGAAACAGUGUCGGAAGGAAGAACGAGCUGAUCGGGAGGAGAGUUAACAUCAGGGCCAGAAACCGUGUGGGCAGGGUGGCCCUGCACUGGGCCGCGGGUGCAGGGCACGAGCAGGCUGUGCGGCUGCUCCUGGAGCACGAGGCUGCUGUGGACGAUGAGGAUGCGGUACGGGCCCUAAGAGGCAUGCCUGUUUGGGUGUGUUUUGGGAUGAAUGCGCCUCUCCUGUCUGCCUGGUUUGGCCACUUACGGAUCCUGCAGAUCCUGGUCAAUUCAGGGGCCAAGAUCCACCGUGAGAACAAGGACAGCCUGUCCUUACUGCACUGUGCAGCCCAAAAGGGUCACGUGUCGGUGCUGGCGUUCAUCAUGGAGGACCUGGAGGAUGUAGCCCUGGACCACACCGACAAGCUGGGGAGGACAGCGUUUCACCGGGCCGCUGAGCACAGGCAGUUGGAUGCCGUGGACUUCCUUGUGGGCUCUGGAUGUGACCACAGUGUACAAGACAAGGAGGGGAGCACAGCCCUUCACCUGGCGGCCGGCCGGGGCCACGUGGCUGGGCUGCAGCGACUGGUGGAUCUCGGGCUGGACCUGGAGGAGCAGAACGCAGAGGGCCUGACUGCCCUGAACGCUGCUGCUGAAGGGAUCCACCCUGCCUGCGUGCACAUCCUCCUCAGGGCUGGGAGCUGCGUGAAUGCCCUCACCCAGAAAAAGCUGAGCUGCCUUCACUACGCGGCCCUCGGUGGCUCCGAGGACGUGGCCCGGGCCCUCAUCCACGCAGGAGGCUGCACCAACGUGGCUGAUCAUAAGGGCGCCUCUCCCAUACACCUCGCUGUGAGGCACAACUGCCCAGCCCUGGUGCAGCUCCUCAUUGACACCCAGAGUGACCUGGAUGCCACCGACAAUAGGCGGCAGACGCCCCUGCACCUCGCCGCCGAGCAUGCCCGGCAGGACACAGCAGAGAUGUUCCUUGUCGCUGGGGCUAACUUACACAUGAGAGAGAAGCAAGGAAAAACCGCCCUGGCAGUGGCUGCCCGCAGUAACCACGUCAGCCUGGUGGACAUGAUCAUAAAGGCUGAUCGGUUCUACAGCUGGCAGAAGGACCACCUCUCAUACAGGGACCCCAGUGACCCUUCUGGAAAGAGCCUGACCUUUAAGCAGGACCACUGGCAGGAGACGCAGUAGCUGCGCUCCGUGCUGUGGCGACUAGCCUCCAGGCACCUGCGGCCCGAUGAGUGGAAGAAGCUGGCAUAUUCCUGGGAGUUCACUGAGGCCCACGUCCACGCCAUCGAGCAACAGUGGACAGGCACCAAGAGCUACCGGGAGCACGGCCACCGGAUGCCGCUCAUCUGGCUGCAUGGUGUGGGCGUAGGCGGCGAGAACCCCAGCAAAGCGCCGUUCCAGGGCCUUGUGGCCAUUGGCAGGAGGGACCUGGCUGUUUGCAAUAAAGCUGGAACAGCCUUCAGACUUCUUCACAAUAUUUUAAAUAUUUUUAUAUUUUCACAAAUAUUAAGAUAUAUGGACCAGUUCUAGAUUAAUAUGACUUGAACCAGUCAGAAUUGGUUAAGUAAAAUGUCCGAGGCCACCAAAACCCAUGAGUCUGCUGAUCAGGAAGGCCUGAUUUGGGACUCAAGGCAUACCGUGGAGCCAUCAGGGAGACAGGAUAAAGUGUCCCUCACUAAUCUCUCAUUGAGAACAAAAUUGGCUCGUGAUGAAAAAGCCGUCAACAUCGUAAUGGUCAUCAACAUGGUGCAUUAUGGGGCAACCACAGGUGAGCCAUUAGAUAGUCAUUGCUGGUUAGGAAGCUUACCUUAGUGAUGAGGUAGCAAGGAAACACAGCAUACGAUUGAGGGGGGAAGGAAGAGCCCCCAGCCUGGUGGCUACUCCACAGCUGCCACAGGCAUG